AUGACAACGCUGCAUACAUACCACACCAACAGCCCGAGCGAUGGCGACGACGACUACCCACCGAAGGUAGAGGGGGAAGACGAUGCCGACGCAGCCCUCACAUCGCAAACUCUGAAUGCUGACGGUACCCCCAAACGCCCAAUGAACGCGUUCAUGAUCUUUGCUCGGCGACGAAGACCACAAGUCUCUGCAGAGAAUCAGUCGAUGAGGACGGGGGACAUCAGCAAGAUUCUGUCUCAAGAGUGGAAGAGCAUGGCUGCUAGCGAGAAGCAGUUCUAUCAAAACCAGGCCAAGCUAUUGAAGGAGAACUUCAACUCGAAAUAUCCUGACUACGUCUACAAGCGUCGACCAAACAACUCGCGCAAGAAACGCAAACCGGAGAACGCUGCCAUUGGCGGCGCUCCACGAGAUCGUGAUACCGACGAGGCUGAGAGCAGCCCUGAUGCUGAGGACGCUGUACCCCUUCCUGACCAUGGGCGUGGAAGUUACUAUGGAAGCGGUGGCUCAUCUAGCUAUGGAGGAUCGGGCUCGAGUUAUGGCCAUCAUCCGUACAAUGGCUAUUCAGGGAGUGCUCAUACCCAUCACCACCGUUCAACUUCAUAUCCCUAUCCUCCUCACGACACCUAUCGUACAAGCUCCUCGUACAACGAACCCUCUAACCUCCCUCGGCUCCUCAGCUCGCCCUAUUACCCUCCUCCCUCCAGCUCACAUUCCCACUCUUCCAGCUCAUAUGACCCCUCCACAUCACCGCAUCUUGGACUGCGCAAGGCUCAAUCAAACCCAGCGAUCCCCCCCGGUGGUCCAGCAAGUAGUGGAUGGCCCACAACAACGAGUAAUACCUCCACCUCUGGCUCGUCAUACCCUGCCACGAGCUACAACCCCCCCAAUUACUCCCCAGCCCCCCGCUAUUCCAGCGUGCCAGACUCACCUGGUACUCGAUACUCGCCGUUUGCUGGGGCCAGCAGCAAUAGCGCCAGCAGUGGGUCCCCUGCUCCGACUCCUUCCUACAACACAAGCACCACUUCCAACCCCACAAACGGUGGCAGUCCGGGGCAUUCUUAUGCGAGUCUGAACGGCCAUAAUCAUUCCAAUACACCACGCUCGUUAGUGUCGGGGCUUGGCACUAACAGUAGCGGACUUGGCGGGCUCGGAAUGGGUGGGGCGGGCGACAGCUAUUUCUGGCGGCCGACGACGGGGGCCAGUGUUGAUAAGUUGCUGUGA